AGUCAUCAGGCAUCCACAGCUUGUGCAAAAUUAUAGAGCUAGGGAGACUCUAGAAGCUUAGGAGCUUAUGUCGCGAUUGGCCGCGAGCAGCAGCUGGUGUCUGCAAGCAUUCGGGGGGGUGACUGUGUGUAGCAUUUUAUGCAGUGAUAGUAAUGGCGGUGAUUAGGAAAACCGAAGAGUACCAGCUUGUGUCGUAGCAGCGAAUGGCCGCCAUUCGCAGUGACCGUUGUAGCCAGUUCCAGAUGAAUAAUCGACGGUUUGCAAACAAGUAGACCGCGUCGUGACGUCUGCCAGUGAAAUCUGACGGCUGUCGUCAAGAAUGUCUACCCUAAUAAGGAGCUCCGGCUCGCUAAAUAUGUCCCUAAAGCCGCCGUCGCGCAUUCGCCGUCUACUCACCUCGCCGCACGUCCAUCUCCAACAGCCCUUCGGCCGUGGCGACUGAAGCUUCCAAUGCCGAGCAUGGCGAUAAGUUACCACCUUCGCUGAACUGACUAGUAGUAGUCGUAGUACCCUGCCGUGACUGUGCCUGAACGCACGCGGUAAACCAUCUUCUGACGCCGUCAGUACCGGCUACCAGCUCUACGGCAGGUUGAAUUCCACCGUCGUUUCAACCGUCACGGUAGCUGCUUUUGCUGAUACAUCCCCUUCCACCACCGCUUGCCAUUGUCAUCCGCGUCGUUACCAUUCCUUUGCCACGUGGCAUCCCUCCGCCAAGAUGCCACCAAUGGGGUGCGUCAGCAGCCGAGGGAUGGAAGGGCCGGACCUAGAUAGUACCGACUACGACAGCAGCACCAUCUCCCGAACCACGUCGCAGUCCUCCCGAGCCACCGUGCAGUCGCCGAACGUCCAGGCUCGGCGGCCGGGAUCAGCUCCGUCCGGAGGUUUGGGAGGAGGCGCUGUAGGGUUGGGAGGAGCGAUGGGACAACUAGCAGGGUCGAAGCCAGUUAAGGAACUGCUGGACGUGUUCAUUGACGAGGUGGAGACUUCGCACAAACGAAAGUCCAAGGGCAAAACGCACAGACGCAAAGGGACAGCAGGAGAGGCAGGGGCAGGAGAGGCUGCGGCAGCAACAGAGAAUGGGGCAGCAGAAAUCGGGGCAGCAGAAAUUGGGGCAGCAGAAAUUGGGGCAGCAGAAAUUGGGGCAGCAGAAAUCGGGGCAGCAGGAGAGGCUGGGGCAGCAGGAAUUGGGGCAGCAGAAAUCGGGGCAUUGAGGGGGGAGGAGGCGAUGAGAGCAACAACGGCGGCUUCAGGGGAUGUAGAUGGGGUGUUUGCAGCCGAAGGUGCGGAACAUGAGGAACCGUUUUCCGUGAAUAGGGCGAGUGACGGGGGCGAUUCAGCAGCAGCAGCGGAAGGAGCUGCAGAAACAGCAGCAGCAGCAAUUUCCGCACGGUCCAUAAUGUCUGAGGCAACACUAGUGCGGCCACCCCCCAGUGGGCCAGCUGGUGAGUUGUUGGGACAAGCUGAUACCACGUUGGACUUCCAAACUGAGGGCUCAAGCACAGGCAUUCCGCCCCUUACGGGCCUUACCUCGGUCCACACAGGCCUGGCUGAUGCCUCUCCAACGGAUACCCCGCAUCUAGACGUUCCCAAGGGCGGUGCGGGGUUGUCUGAUGAUCCCCAGUUGGGCUUGGGGGCGGCGCAGCAGGUGGUUGGGGGAAUGCCAGAGGCCGUGCAGGGUGCGCAAAGUCAGCAGCUUCGACAGAGUCAACGGAGUCAACGUAGUCAACGGAGUGAGCAGGGCCAACAGGGGGAAGUGGAGGAGAUGAGCCCUGGUGAGGCUGAAGCAGGGGCUGGUUUGACAGGAGAGGCUGGGAGCAUAGGUUUGGGGAGAGACGGACCUGUUGUCCGAACCUGGCAGGUAGACCCGGAGCACCGAGCCAAGAGCUGGCGAAGGGGUGUGGAGGAACAGACUGCCAGGACAGAAAGGAAGAGGAGAGGAGAGGAAGGAGAGGAGAAGAGAGGAGAGGAGGAGAGAGAAGGAGAGAAGAAGAGGGAAGGAGAGGAGAAGGGGGAAGGAGAGGAGAAGGGUGGGGCUAGUGUGGACUACGGCAGGAAAGAGGAGGGCCAGAGGAUGGCGGGGGAGGGUGUACCCAGGGGAGCAACACUUCCUGUUGAGUAUCGGGCGGCAGAGGAGGAGGACCGAGGCACGUACCUGUUUGCGAUGAAACUGAGGCGCACUAAGAGCACUGGAGAUGUCACUAAAGCGAAUGUCACUAAAGGGGAUGGCACUAAAGGGGAUGUUACCAGCAAUGCUGCCGCUACUGUUGCUGGAGACAACGGCUGGGGAGACAGCAGGAGGAAGGGGAGGGAAAGGAUUGGCACUGUUUUUGAAGCAGAGGAGAGAGGGGGGGCUGUUGAGAAUUCUCAGAAGCCUAUCACAGAGGAGGGGGAGGGGAUUGUGGGCGACACGAUGCAGCGUGGAAGCUUCCUGUGCUUCACAAUGGGAGCAGCCAACCGGCCUGGCGCUACCCAAGGAAAUGACCAGCCUGCUGGUCUUGAUGCUACGUUCAGUGCAGGGUCGGGGGGGGGAGGUCCCUGUCCGAGAGCAAGGUCGGCAGCCCACCAUCAUCCCCGCAAGUCCUCGUCCUCACCAAGAGCAUCCUCUUUAAGAGCGACCUCACCAAAACCGCCUUCUCUCAAACCCCCGUCUCCUAAAGCAUCUUUCUUAAACCCCUUGUCUCCAAGAGUGCACUCACCAAAGGCACCCUCGCCUGGAGCUCCCCCAAAGCUCUCCCUUCCCCCCGCUUCCCCCGCUUCCCCCAAUUCCCCCUCCCUCCCUUCCCCACUCCCCUUAGGUCUCUCCGUUGCCCUCCCCCCUUCCUCCCCCAGAUCCGCCUCCCCCUCCCCUCGCACCCCCUCUUCUCCCCCUGUCUCCUCCCCUUCCCGCCAUCCGUCGCUUUCCCCCCGAAUCUUCUCCCCCUCUCCCCGCUCACCAGCCUCCCCCCAUCCCUCCGCCCUCUCCCCCAAGCCCCUUGGCGCCUCCCUUCUCUCCAUCCGCGCCCCUGUAGGCGCGCAGGGGGGAGCAGACCCCCCAGGGGUUUGUGGGGGUGAGGGUGGUGCUGAUGCUGAGGAUGGAGGGGUGGCUGCACCGGUUCAGGGGGAUAGUGCAAGGUUCAAUGCGGUGAUGCGCUUUGGGGGUCAGGGCAGUGCGCGGGCAGGGAGUGGAUUGGUUGCAGAUGGGGAUGUGGGGAGUGGCGUAGCCCCAAACGUCUCUGGUGAUUCCAACGCCACGACAGCAGCGGUAGCUAAAGCCUCUGCCACCAUCCUGGACACAACUGCUGCACCCGCGGAUGCUGCUGCUGCUGCGUCUGCUGCUGCUGUUGUAGCAGCGGGAGGUGCUGCUGAUGAUGAUGCGAACAUAGCAGUUACAGCUGCAGUUGAAGCUUCUGCUACCACCCUGGACGCAACCACUUCACCUCCGGAUGCUGCUGCUGCUGCUGCUGCUGCACCUUCCUCUGCUGUUGCUGCUGCUGCGCUUGCUGUUGUUGACGUUUCUAACACAGCUGCUGCUGCACCUGCCGCUGCUGCACCUGCUGCUGCUGCACCUGCUGCUGCUGUUACGCAAGAGGAAGAGGAUGAGGACGCCCUUCUCUUAUCCCAGCUUGGAUCCCCUCGCAUCAUGCCCCCCAGGCGCAUACAGUCACACUCGUUUAAGUGCAUCAGCGGCAGUGGCAACACCGUCACACAGCGCAGAGGCAGCUACCAGAUGGUCAGGGCGAGUAGCGAUCCUGGCCCUCCAUCCGCAUCCGCGGAUGAUCCAACGGCUGACGUCACCUCUCCCCGCCUUUCCACGCCUCCUCCCCGUGUUUUCACUCUCCCCCGUCUCGCCACGCCCCCCCGCCCCCCCUCGCGGGCGGGCUACAGUAAACUGCAGGUGGAGCUCGCCAUCGCCACCACUGUAUCAGAUUUUAUCGGAUUUGAUCUGUUUGGGGACGGGGAGGAGGGGGAGGAAGGUGGGUCUGCGGUGGGUGAAUCUGGGGCAGGUGGUAUCGAUCCCUGGGGUAUGGUUGCUGCUGUGGGAGGGUCCCUUUGGCCCAUGGAGCCUCUGAGUCAUGAAAAAGGAGGAGAGGGGAGAGAGGCUUCAGGAGGGAGAGGGGAAGGAGGCGGAGGAAAGGGAGGGGAAGGAGGGGAGAGAGGGGGGAGAGGAGAGGGAGGGGAGCAAGAGGCCAUGGGGGAGAGUGAGGGUGAAGGGGUGGGAAAGGGAGGGCAGAAGGGUGGGAAGACAGGAGGAGGGGUAAGCAGAGGGUUGGCAGAGGUGCUCGUGAUCCACUCCUCAGAAGCUGACUGUCUGGAGCGAGAGGAGCCUGUGGGGGAUCCGUCAGACACAGAAGCAGGUGCAGGGGGAAGCAGAGGGCAGGCGGAGGUGCUUGUGAUUCACUCCACGGAAAGUGACUUCUUGGAGGGAGAAGAGCGUGCACAGGAGCCGCUAGACAGUGUAACAGACUUAGGAGCAGGAGCAGGAGGAAAAGGGCUUUCACAGGAGCCGCUAGACAUUGCAGCAGAAGUCGGAGCAGGAGCAGCAGCAGGUGUAGGAGCAGGAGGAAAAGAUUCUUCACAGGAGCCGUUAGGCCUUGCAGCAGCCGUGCACGAGGUGAGUGGUGAGGAUGGGACUGUAGAGGGGGUGGGGAGUGAGAAGGUGGCUAUAGGGGAGGUGAUUGUAGCGGCCAUGGCACUGUGGAGAGAAGUGAGGGAGCAUAGGGAGGAUGUGGGGCUGGCUGUUGAGGGGGCUUUGGUGGAUAGGGUUACCGCACGGAGUGAGGAUGUUGUAACGGAUGUGACUAUAGGCGAGGUUGGGGGCAGGGGAGUGGAGGGCUUGGAGGGAGAGGAAAAGGGCAUGGGGGAGGUGGGUGCUGAUGUGGAUGCUGAUGUGGUGGCUGACGUUGGGGUGCUGAGCUGGCAGGAGGUGUGCAAGCAGGGGAGGGUGAUUGUAACGGGAGCGAAGGCCCUUAUGGCUCUCUUGGAAAGACUUGAAUGGGAGGCUGUGGGAUGUGACGUGAUGAGACGGCCAGCGCCAGAUGUAACCCUGCCAGGGACAGAUGUUACCCUGCCAAAGGUAGAUGUAACCUUAGCAGGGGAAGAUUUGGUGGCACUGGCGGAGCAGCACCUUUUGCUGCUGAGUCAGCAGCCGCGUGGAGGACGGAUAGGGGAGGAGGGUGUGCUUAUGCGUGAUGUGACUGUAGCCGGCAUGACUGCAGAAGGACCAGUGGAGAGUGUAGGGCGAUUGGUGGACCUCCUGUUUUUCAUGGUCGGCGUUCUGAGAGUGAUGGAGAAGGGGAGGGGUAUGGAGAGAGAAGGGAUUGCUGGGAAAGAGGAGAAUUGGGAGGAGGAGGGGGGAGGGAGUGGGGAGGGAGAGAUAGUUGGAAACGAGGUGGAAGAGGACGAGGAGGAGGAGGAAGAGGGGGAGUGGGAGGAGGAGUGGGAGGAGGAAGAGGGAUGGGGAGAAGACGAAGUGGAGAUGGAUGCAGAGGAUGGAGACGAGGGGGAGGAGGAAGAGAGAAGGCGUCAGGUGGAGCUCUGGCAGCGGAGUGGGAAACUGCUCGAGGCAGCCACAGAGCACGCUGCAGUGCUGGCGGGCCGCGUGAGAGGAGUGGAUAGAUGCUCCCUGGCAGGCCAGCAGGCGGAGGAUGGGAGGGAAGAGAGACUGGUAAGCAGCGGCAGGCAGAUGGGGGCUGUAGGGACGAGUGAAUGCAAGGGGCAGCAGCGGGCGCAGAGGGGCCAGCAGCAGCAGGGGAUGACGUCGCUGUUUGCGCUGAUUGAAAGCGCCGAGCUGCUCUGGGGCUGUGUUGUCUCGUCUGCGGCUUCUGGUGGAGACGAUCUGGAGCCCGGGGCCGGAAAUCUCUCAGGAAAAGCAGCAGGAGCAGCAGCAGCAGCAGCAGCUUUUAGAGACCGAGCAGCAGCCCAUGGGGUGCAGGUAUGUGCUGCAGUGGCGAAGAACCCACCUCCCUCAGGAGCUACUACAGAAGGUGCAACUGACCUUGGUGUUGCUCAAGAGGGGAUUGCGCUGGUGGCAGCAGCAGCAGAAACCGUCAGAGGGAUCCUGAUCAGCAGGAGGACGAGUCUAGGAUUGGAGCAGCAGCAAGAACAGAAGGAGCAAGAGCGGCUGGCAGAAGAGCAGGAGAGGGGGGUUGAGCAGGAGCAGGUGCAGGAGCAGCAGCAGCAACUUCUCCCACCACCCAAACAUUGGCUAUCACACCUGCUGUUCUCUGGGUGGCUGCUGCUGCAACGCCAUGCUGCUGCUGCUGCAGAGGCUGCAGCGAUUGUAGAGGGGUUAGGGGCUGGAGGGACACUUGAGACUGUGUCAGCUCCCUCAGUUACCUCCACUCUCCAGCACAGGCUUUCGUUCCUCCGCACCCUAGUGGAAGCCUAUAGGAAGCUUCUGCAAGCAGCUGCAGGGUUUUGCGAAAGUCACGGGGAGAAAGGGGGCGGGGGAAGAGAGGUGAUGCAAGGGGAGUCGGGUCUGGGUGGGUCCGAUUGGUUAGGAUGGAAUGUGGGUGUGAGGGAGUGUGAGAAGGUGUGUGAGGGGAUAUUACAAGAGGUCAGUCGGAUGCAGGGGUGGUUUGAGCCAGCAGAAAGAACAGAUGAUUUGGGCCAAGGAGAGCUGAGCGUGCAGCAGGUUCGUGGGCAAAUGCUGGUUUCCCUGGGCUUCUCAGGGCUGGCGGCAGUGGCAGGGGUGGUGAGAGAGGUGGAGACGAAUGCAGCUCAUGACCCGACUCAAAGGAAGACGAAUGCAGGCAAUAGGGAGGGUUGUGGGCGGCUGAGGGGCUCAGUGAUAGGUGGGGAGAGAGCAGGAGAUGGGGGGGGGAGUGGAGAAGCACCAGGACCAGGUGAGAAUGGGACAGCAGAGCUUGCUGCUGCUGAUGAGCGCAUUACAGAAACGAGUGUGCAUGUAAGGGAGGCUGGAAGGCUGCUGGAUCGGGUGAGGGAUGUGGUGAGUGGGCUUGUUGUAGCACAGCAGUGGUUAGAGAAAGGAGGUUCGGAUGAAGGAGGUUCGGAGAGAGGAGGUUCGGAGAAAGGAGGUUCGGACCGCGCCGUCCUUGUAUCGCUACAGCCGCAUGCUACAGCUCCAGAGAAAGCUUCGUCAGACGAUUCGCAAGCGAGUUCGCAUGGGGAAAAUGCAGAGGCAGAGAAUGAGAUCUGCGAAGAUUCCUGCUACAGCCAGCAGGCCGCCGCCCAGAUGGUGCUGGGUGUUCUCGCGGAUUCUGUCCGGCAAUUUUGUCUUGUAGCGGGAAAGGGCGGGUUCAGGGAUGGUGGCUCCCUUGCGGGAAGUGAGAUGGGUGCUGAGCGGUGGGGAGGGAAGCUUCUGAGAAGGGCAGGGAGGAGCUGUGCUGUGGUGAUUGGUGCUGCUGCUGCCUUGGCUGGCCGGGUGAUUGCAGAGGAUAUGGGCGGAGGAAGGGGAAGACGGGAUGGAGUGCGAGCAGCAGCACAUGCGCUAGUGCACGCAGCAGAGAGACACCUGAGACUGAUGAAGGCUCUUGAGAGGGAGACGAAGCAGCAGCACCAGCAGCACCAGCAGCACCAGCAGCAGCAGCCUUGCGUGGUAGUGGUUGAAGAGGCGGACACGUGCAGCAGAGCAGCCGGCGGAACAGCGGGGGAGCUACAGGGACACCGAGCACUUGAAGCGGCGGUUGAGGAGAGCGGCGUUGGCGAGGACUCUCGGCAUGAGCGUCAGAGACCGUCAGCUGCCUUGGCCCUGCUCCUGGCUCACGAGGUAGAGAUGCUUGUGGCGGCAAUUCAAGAACCUCCUCCGCCUGAGCUUCUCGGUGAGCUUCUGAGAAGCUCCGCCUGGGCUCAAGGGGUAUCUGCUCUUGGGUUGCCUCCCUGUGUCGUUGCUCCGGAGACCACACUCCUGGGAACCGUCAAGCACGUGUGGCAGCAGCAGCAGCAGCACCAGUGCUCCAAAUCAACGCUGCCUGCCUUCUUGCCUCCUGGUAGUAAUGCAGUUUUGAUGUCGCACGGCCAAGAGCACGCGAGGCUGGAGCUCUCGCUCAGCAGAGUUCUCUUCCGGGCAGCCCGGCUCGGGCAGGCUUUGCUGCCGCACGUGCCACUCGUUCUCCCUGCCAAACUCGCGCCCUCGGUUCAGCGGCUACUGGACUGUGAAACAGACAGCACAGCUGCUUCCUCUGCUGGCGGCUUCGCCUGGCUAGUGGGGUGGACAGAAGUCGUGGGGGGGCUAUCAGCACAGCUGGUGCGACAGCAGAAGCAGGCAGGCGGGGGACUGACAGGUGGGUCAGAGGAAGGAGGAGGGGGGGAUGCUGUGAGGAGGGAGCUAUUCGCACAGGCGGUAGCAGCCAGAGAGCUGGCACGGGACCUCCUGAUGCGGGAUGAACCUGGAGCAGUGGGUGUUGAAGGGAGUGGCGCCCGUUCUGACCAUGGAGCUGCUUGCUCUGAGUAUCGGCCUAAUGGUGAGGGUGGCAGUCCGCUACUGGUAGGGUGGCAGUCCACAACUGGUGUGCUGAGUCAGGCUGCUGCCCUGGCUGAUCUGGCGGCUGUGCAUGCUGAGUCGUGUGUCGAGUUUGCUGAGUCAGCAGCAGCUGGAUCGGGUGAUGACACCUGGCAAGACCUGCUGACUCAGGCAGAAGGGCUGGUGUUGGAAACUUCCAGGCAGCUUGAGAUGCUGUGGCAGGCAAAGAAGCAGAGAAGCAGCAGCAGCCGCAGCAGCGGCAGUGGCAGCAGCAGCAGGCAUGAGAAGGGAUGGCAGGAGGAGUGUCCGGCAGAAAUCAGCAGGCACUAUGGCAGGACGGGCAGGGAUGGAGAGGAGGGCGAUGUGUUCACAUUCACACUCCUUGUGAGGAUGGUGGAGCAGGCUCAGUCUCACCACUCGCUGCUGCUCCAUGCGAUGCAGAGAAGGGUGCCAGGGGCAGCAAGAGAGACAGAGACUAGUGCUCCUAGUGUGGAGGCUGCAUGUGGGGGAGGUGCAUGUGGAGCAGGAGAGCUGGCUUGCAGAGUGCAGAGGUCAGCUGUUCGUCGCUCCGCCCUGCUUCUGAGGCAUGGUGCCUCGUCUCUCCUCCACCACCUCUCCAUCACUCAUGCUGCCAUGCCUGGCCAUGUAACGGGGGCCGAUCUCGCUGUGUCCUCCUCUCAUGGCCCAUCACCCAACGCUCCUCCUCUCCCCUCCACCAUCAAUCAGUUGGCCUUGUCUGCCGCAGCAACGGCGGCCGAUCUUGUUGCGUCCUCCUCCCUCCUUGCAGCUCUCCUGCACGCGCUGCUGGCUGCAACCCUUGAUGGUGCCGCCAGAACUUAUCUUGAUGCUCCUUCCUGUUCAGAAACAUCAGCACCAUCAGCACCAUCAGCACCAUCACAAACACCUGCUCCCCUGGAUUCAAUCACUGGUGCAGCAGCUUCAGCUGCUCUGCUGACUCAGCACCGUGCCACUGUCGAGUCACUCACCCUCUCCCUUGCUGACGUGGCAGCUGACCUGGACACGCAGCUUGCCAGACUGGCAGAUGCAUGCCUCCUUCGGUCUGCCUGUGCUGACGUGGCGCUUGCGUAUUGGUUGCUGAGCGCAGGGCACGAGCUCGUGCUUUGUUCUCAUAGCCACAUUCACGAAAGCAGGCGCGGCCAGGCGGUUACCACAAGUGUUACGGUGAGCAGCACUACUGCACAGGCGGAACAACAGAUUGGUGGUGUUACAGUUACAGAUAGUCUGGCUGUCUCGGGUGCCACGGAUCUGGCAACAGCAGCAGCAGCAGCAGCGAGCAACACACGCCGUGCUGCAGCCGUGGCUCUUAGAGCGCUGAGGCUGCUCCUGUCAGGCGUAACUGGGGGGUGUCUCCCUGCACCAGAUCGCCCUGCACCAGUUGCGCCUGCACCAGUUGCACCUGACCCGCUCAUGCCUCCAACUCUCUCCUCCAGCCUGCAGCAGCUGCAGACUGCAGCAGACUCGCUGCUUGGAACGCACAGCAGAGAGAGGAGCAAGACCUCGACAGGUAGUCUCGCAGCGCCCACCACCAUACCCUGUGUGUCGUGGCUGCGCCUGUGCUCCCAGGCGCUCCCUCUCAUGUCCGAACUCCAUACACGGCUUCAUGGAGGCAGAGCAGCAGCCGCGGCUUUCGCCUUGUCGAAUCGCCUCAGAUCCCGUCCGCCCAUAGCAGCAGCCGUGCCUGUGGUCUCCGCCCUCCUGCUGCGCUGCCUCCUGCGGCUGGGGGAUGCGGUGGCUCUGGUGUGGGGGGAGACAGAUGGAGAGAGGGCGGGGAGGAGGAGGAAGAGGAGGGGAGGAAGGGACAGGGAAAAGGAAGGGAGCAACAAGGAUGGCAACAGCAGGGAAGGUAGUAUUAGCAGGGGGUUGGAGCAUCAGGGGGAGCUUCACUGUGGAUGGAUGUACUCCAGCGAUGCUGCUGCUGCUGCUGUGGCUGCUGCUGGCAAUGCUGACUCCGCUGCCGCUGCCCUUCUGGUUCGUGUUGCCCCGCCUCCCCCUCUCGCCUCUGCAGCAGCAUCAGCAGCAGCGGAGGUUGCACUGAUAGCCGUGCUCCACCACACCCCCCUCCCUCAACCCGCUUAUGGAUCGGAGCAAAUCGGGCAAAGGGAGGAAGGGGCGGGUGGGGUGGGGAACGGAGGAGGCGAGCAGAGGGAACGAGGGGAGGAGGGGGAUGGAGUCAAAGGGCCUCUGCUGGACGGAGCACCUCUGCCUCUUCUGUUGGGCGACUUCUGUGCUUCUGUCUGUGCCAAUGCUGCUGCAGACCUUGCUGCUGCAUCUGUGGCUAAUACCAAUGGAACCGAUACGACCAUAACGAGUACAGCUGUAGCUGCUACCCCUGCAGCUGCUGGUGCUACAGCUCUUGCUACAGCCUGUAGACUUGCUGCUGAAGCGUCUGCACUCCUCUCCAUGCUUCAGUCACUGGUUUCAGAUGCAACUGCAGCUGCUGCUACAGCUGCUGCUGAUGCUACAGAUGCUACAGAUGCGCCUGACUCCCUUCCUGCUGUCUCCGGUGCUACAGCGGCUGAUGCAGAUACAGCCUGCAGUGCAGGGACGUCAGCUCAGCUGGGUGUUUCUGAGAAUUCUCAAAAGCACUCACCUCAGCUCCUUCUUCCAGCGGUGGCGAUGGCGGGGGCGGCAGCAGUGGUGGCUCACACUGUGGUUCACGCGCUCUCCCUGGAGCUUGCUCUCUCAAUCGGGCUGCAAUCAGCUGAAACAGCAGAGCGGUUCAGCGCUUUGGUACAGGGAGCAGCUCACCUCUCGCACUUACUUAAGAACCACUUAGCCGUGCUCCAGCAGGCUGCAAACCAGGGCUGCGGCGCCCCUAGGUUCUUCCUCGCAAUGACAGAUGGUGCGGCGCUAUUCGCUCGAAAGCUACAGGGCCACAUAGCUGAGCUACAGGUAGCUGAGGCUACUACGGCAGAGGAGGAUUUCGCCCGGGCAGCUGGAGGAGCAUUCCGACUGGUCUCAGAAGCUGCCCGGCACGCCGGGCGGCUAGAGUUGGAAGCUUCUUGGGAGGGGGAAGGAAUGGGAGGCAACAGCGGACCACCCAAACCCAGGCGGCUGCUUUUCGAGCGGCAUACAGCGGUCAAGUCCCUGAUGCACGCUAAGAGGGUUGAGGCAGAAUGGAUGUGGGGGGGAAGCGACGAGGAGGAGGAGGAGGCGGAUGAGGAGGGAGAGGAGGGAGGGGGUAGUUACAGUAGAGGUGAAAGAGGGAGGGCGGUAAAGUACAGUGGGCGACGGAGCAGUGGCAGGUUUGGCGGGAGCGGCAGGUAUGGGGUGAGCAGGAGGAUGAACAUGGAGCUGCUUAUAGAGGGGAUGAAUAUAGCAGCAGAGCUGGUGUGCCACAGCCAUAGGAUACUGUGCAAGACCUCUGGGGCGCCUUCCUGGACUGGUCAAGUCACAGAAGCAGCUAUUGCCCUUAACUGGGCAGAGGGCAAUUGGCUGGGCGCCCUCCCUCUGCUCCCUGCUUCUCGUGGCUCCAACGCCUCUUCUCUCUCCAACGUCGACUGGGGUGGGGCGUUUCCUGCUCUCUCGUUUUUCACUGUCAGGCAGCCGCGCCCAGAAGCAGUGUCAGCAGCACAGGAAGGGUUGCAGGCACAUGGAGGGGCAGGGGGGGUUGCACAGGUGGAGGGACAUGGAACGGCAGGGGCUCAAUUGCGGGUACAAGAGCCGGGGGACGGUAAAAGGGAAGAUUCUGGUGGAAUAACUGCUGCUACAACCGCUGCCGCCGCCGCUGUUGCUGCUGCUGCUGCUGCUGCUUCUCCGUCUGUGGUUUCUGCUUCAAAAACUGGCAUUGCCAGCCCCUCUCCUCUCCUCUCCUCAUCCUCGCACAUGCACCCAAGCUCCAGCUGUCACUCCGCCAUUCGUCCGUCGCCCCAUUCUGACGCCGUCCUCCCCAUUCCUCUCUUCCUUUCCUCCUCUGAGGAGGAUCGGAGCAGCCUCGGCACGGACUUAACCCAGGAGCAAAUUUGGAGCAGCCCCGGCCUUGUGCCGAACCAAGAUCAGCUUCAGAUCAGCUCCGGGCUUGACUUGGCUCGAGAGCAGGAUCGCAGCAGCCUUGGCAGCGGGGGAAGUGGGAAGGGGAGAGGUGGAAGAGAGGGGAGGAAACGGAGGGAGAGGAGAAGGAUGGUAAGAUUGACUGGGGAAGGAACCGAGAGUGCAUUAGCAUCAUCAGCUGCUGGGUCUGGAGGAGGGGGACUGAGGAGAGAGCACUCAGGAGGAAGCCUAGGAGGGGGGAGCAGUGGGAGCAGGAGAGGGGGGGCAGGAGGAGGAGGGGACGAGCUAGGGGCAGCAGCAGCAGGAGAAAAAUCAGGAGAAGGAAAGGCAGCGAAUGGUUUGGUUCGGGGUGGUUCCGGAGCUGGAGGUUCGGUAGGAGGCUCGGCAUCUGGAGGUCCGGUAGGCGGAGGCUCGGGAGGGGGGGGAGGGAGCAACACGGGCAGCUUGAAACUUGGCCUCCGAUCCCUCCUGGGGUCACAGGGUUCGGGCAGCUUGAACGAUGCUAUCAAUGAUUUUUUGGAGGAGUUGGAGGUUGGGGAGGGGCGGGGGAAGAAAGAGAAGGGGGAGAGGGGGAGAGGGAAGGGCAGGGAGGAGAGAAAUGAAGGAAAUAAGAGUUUGGACAUGCCGGCUGAUGGUGGUGGUGCUGCUGGCGCUGGGGGUGGGAGUGGGGGUGGUGCUGCUGCUGCUGCUGAUGCUGACACUGAUGCUUGGAGUAUGUCCAGUGGUGGUUGGGCAUCGUCCCUUGGAGGUGGGAUGGAGGGAGAGGACAUGGGGGAGGAGAUUGAGGCGGGGAUGUGGGAGGAAGGCGAGAGGAUCAGAGGCAGAGGGGGCAAGGAAGAGGAGGGGCGUGAGCAACGAGGGGGUUUGGGUGGGGAAUCUGGGCGAGAGGGAGAGGGGGAUGAGGAUGGGGAGGAGGAUGAGGAUGAGGAGUGGUAUCGAGAGCUGCUGAUAAAUAUGAAGGAUGUAGGCUUAGGGUUUGAAGGUGGAUCAGACGGCGUGGCUUUCGGGUUUGAGAGAGAAGCAGCAGGAGAGAAGGAGCGAGAGGUAUGGGAGGAGGAACGAGACCAACAGGGGGAGGGUCAACUGGAGGGAAGAGAGGAGACCGGAAGGAAAGGCCCCAGCCCUUGCAGCACGGACAGUGACGCAGGCACCAUAGCUUCGGAAGGUACCGACGCUGUCCCGGACCUGCCGUUUAGGCUCGGGAAGCGGUUCUACAACCUAGACUCGAUGCUGACGAUGCGCGAGCCUGCACAAUCACCAGGUGCUGCUGGGAUUGGCGCGGGGGGAAAGCUGUUUUCAGGGUAUUUGGACAGGAAGGGACGUGGAAGGACCCUUAUUGAUGGAGCGGUGGUGGGGGGGGUGGGGAAGGUGAGGGCAGUGGGAGCGGUGGGGGUGGUGGGGAUGAUGGGAAAAGUGGGAAAUGAUUUAGGGAGGAGGGAAGGAGAAGGAGAGGGCAAUGGGGGCGAGAAGGGUGAGUUUGUUGAGAGUGAUAGCGGCGAGAGGAGGCAAAUAGGUUCAGCAGAGGGGGGAGGAGGAGGUGGAGGCAGAAGGGAAGGGGGUGAGUUGGAAGGAGCCUCUGGCGGCAUUGAGAGCGCUUCAGGGGAGAGUGCAUGUGAUGCUGCUGCUGAUGCUGCUGCUGCUGCUGCUGCUGUCUUGGAUCUUGCUCAUCCGGCUUCUUCUGGUGGUGAUGUUGGCGCUGAUGCGGAUGCUGCUUCGGCUGAAGCUGGUGUGGCCAAUGAUAGGUUUACUGGUGUGCAGAUGGAGGAACACAAGCCACCUCCAGCACCAGCAGCAGCGGCAGCAGCAGCGGCAGCAGCAGCGGCAGCGGCACCACUACCACCAGCAGCACCAGCAGCAGGAGCAGAAAGUGCAGUCGCAGCAGAGGAACAUUUGCCAACAGCUGUGGAGGUUGCGGCAGGACAUUCUAAACGCCUUCCAAUGGAUGAACCGGCUGAACCGGAUGCAAGAACGUGCGAAACGGCUUCCCACAGUGCAAGCAGAAGGGGAGAAGCAGCAGCAGUUGCAGCACCAGCAGCAGCACUACGACCAGCACCACCAGUGUCAGCAGCAGGAGAAGCAGCAGAAGCAGCAGCUACUCCAGCAGAGGCAGCAAACGCCCCUGCUUCAGAGGGAAGCAUUUGCUUCCCAUCAGCUGUGGUUGAGAGUCCAUCCACUGGUGCUGCUGUCCCCUCUCUUGCUAGUGCUAGCACACAUGGGGAUGGCAACAUGUGCAUGUAUGACCUUGCACGUGGUGACAGUAACAAAGGUGUCAAUAACGAGGGUGACCAUGAGAGGGAUGAGGAUGUAGAGGGUGACAAGAACGAAGGUGAGAAUAUAUUAGGUUCGGAGCACCUGGACGGGGCUCUCAUGCAAUUUGACGAGGUUUCCCGAGCCAAACAGGCUCGGCGGCAGUGCCAUGCCGAAGCUAAGGCUGCUGUGGCUGCAGCUUUGGAUGCCCAGGAUGACCUGGCAGAUGCCGAGGCUGCAUUGGAGGAAGCUUCGAAGGAAGCGGCACGGGUCAAGGCAUGUGCUGAGAAUGAAGGCAUAAGUCAUGUGGGUCUAGGAACGAUGGGCGCAGAUGCAGAUAAGGGAGCGGAGGCACAAGCGGAAGGCGGGAAGGGAUGGAAGACUAGGGAGGGAGAGGAGGAAGCGGAGAGUAGGGAUGGAGAGGUUGGAGAGGGGGAAAGGGAGGGGAAGAUGCAGGUUGAGAAUGGGGAGGGCAGUGGCAAGACUACCGACGAUGCAUCUCUUUCUGCUGUUUUUUCUUCUGCCCAAGCUGCCCUGGAGCAAGCACAGCUCGCCCGCAACGAAGCUGCUGCCCGGAUGCGCACCCAGCGGCGCCGGGCAGCUGCAAAAGUUUCGUCCCUGGAGGCCGCCCGGUCCCUCUACACCACGCUGCUGCGUGCAAAGGAAAAACGGGUAGCUGAAAUAAACAGCGCUGCUUAUGGCAUGAUUGAGGAGAUGAAAGCAGCAACCAGGUGUGUAACACCUGGUGUGGUAACCCCACGGGGGGGUUCAGCUGCCAGUAGUGAAUUGCCAGAUGUGCGAAGCUGCUCUGAUGGUGUAGAGGAUGACUAUAACGAGGAUAAUGAGGGAGGGGGUGAGAGGGGGACAGAUGAGGCAAAUGAAGGGGAAGGAGACAGAGACGGGGGAGGAGGGGGAGCAAGCACAGGAGGGAAUGGGGAGAGUGGGAGACAAGAGGAGGGGAGGGUGAAGGGGAGGAGGGGGAAAGGGAAGAGGAGAUGGGAGGGGAAGCAAUCAGUGCUAGAGCAUGAUGUGCAUGUGGCCUUGGGUCGUGAUGACAUGGAUGAGCUGUUUGCUCAGAGGGCUGAGAAUGAAGGGGAGGAGCAAGGGGAGAAGCAAGGGGAGGAGCAAGGGGAGAAGCAAGGGGAGAAGCAAGGGAAGGAGCAAGGGGAGAAGCAAGGGGAUGAGCAAGGGGAGAAGCAAGGGGAGAAGCAAGGGAAGGAGAGGCAAGGGGAACAGGAGGAGAAGAGAGAUGAGGGGAAGUAGGGGUAAUGAAUGGGGUUUUUUAUUGUUAUGGCAUGGGGCUCUCCGCACUGGGGGUUGAGGAAGGGGAGAAGGGAAGUGGAAGACAAGGGGGAACCAGCAGGGGUGAAGGAAGACUCGGUUGCUUCUUCUAACUUGGCAGUAGGUUCGGAUAUGCUUGAAAUCCGCAGGAUCAGCAAAAAGUUUCCUGCAGUGGCCGUUUUGCAAUCAACCAACCGUUACUGAAAUGGUCCGUGCAGUCUGAUUUCGUGGGAUCGAGGAGGCUCAGGGUAAAUUCUGGAGGGGGUGUCAGACCCGAGGGUUUCACUCAGGGCCUCAGGUUUCAGGCCAUUUGCCCUGAUUCAGGGUUUUUUCCGAGUGGUUGCUUGUACCAACCCUGACUUGUAAGGGCCCAACGCUGAAAUAUGAGAUUUUUUUUGUGAUAAAAAAAUAGAGAUUGUGAU